GGACAGUGUUGGGAGGUUAUACAGAAGCAGACUAGAGGAAAAAUAGAUCUGAGCCGGGGAAGCAAUAAUGGGGGAGUGCAUCCACUCAACAGCCUGAGCGGCGUUAGGGUCUGAUGAAAAGAGAAUGCAACCAGAUUGGUGGUCUGAGGAGAUGUCGGAUCUGCUGAAGGCCAAGAAAGAAGCAUACAGAGCACUGAACAAACGUGUUUUAGAUUCAGGGGGACAGCCUUUAUAACAAAGUAAUUCUAUUCAAGAAAGUAGUCUGGAGAUGACAUUGACUGGGUUGCGACAAGAGAAGUAUAUUCAACUCUUCAAUAAAAAAGGUGUUACUAAGUUUGACACAUUUGUCAACAUGACCGAAGAAGAUCUUCUUUAUGUCGGUAUUACAGAUGAUGAUGAUAGGAAAAAGAUUUUAGAGGGUAUUGAACCUCUUAAGCAGUUGUACAAAGAUGUCAAUGAAUUUGGUCCUCCAGAUUUGAACAUGGUGAUAGGCAAUAAUAUCCAUCAUAUAAGGACACUCUUUGGUUCAUUAAUAAUUCUCAGAAGAGAACUCCUUCGUAGAAAGCCAAAGAAUAUUCUGAUUGAUAGCACACAUUCCUCUGUCAACGCUAUCAACACUUUGUUGGAGAGGCUGAAAGAUCAAUUAGAUUACAUAGAAAAUGAUAUUACAAUCAAGGAGGUUGUUAAACCAAAUUCAAAAACAAGAAAGUUCCUCUGUUUUGGACUCAUUGCUUCUUCAUGCACUGCUAUUGGCGCCAUUGCUGUUAGUAAAUAUUUGGGUUACAGUCUCUUUGAAACAUUAAAACAUCUCAAAUUUCCAGAUUUUUUCAAAUUAAAGUAAAAGUAUAACCAUUUAAAUAAGACUGCACAUUGAAUUUAUGUAAAUAUGUAAACUGAAGACUGCUAAACAAAUUAUUAAAAAUGUAAAUAAACUACUGUAUAGAAAAAUAUAGAUUCAUUUGUAUGUUUUCAUUCCUACUUGGUGCUAUGUUAUUUAAAUUUCAAAUCUUGUAUCUUCUUCACUUGUAGCCAUUUUUCCAAGACUUUUCAAUAUCAUUCUGCUUUUAUCCAUUAUAAAUGUGUCGAUGUGGUUUACAACUGUUCCGAAAUGCAGGAGACCUUCAAAUAACCUUGUUUGUAUUUUUUUUCUAUCCUCAUCUGACAGAAGCCUUGGACGUCCGGUGGGUUCUUCUUCUUGAAGAACAGGAGAACAGUCUACUUGCCUUUUAUUAUCUGUGAGAAAUGAAAAAGAAUUUUUAAGCAAGAAAAUAUUGUCUGGCGAGUGUAACAUUAUCACACAUAAUAAAAGAUCAUUUGGUUUGCUACAUUUAUUAAGACUGUGAGAAAUAAAAUAACAGAUCAAGAAAACAUUGUCGCAUCUUAAAUUCAAGCAGAAUUCCUGAUAUUUAAGGCAGCUGGACAC